AUGCCCCAUAACGUCCACGAGAUGUCCAACCUUCCUAUCCCCGAGCCCAACUCCACCCCGACCGAAAACCCCACCGCAGCAGCUGUCCCCAGCCAAGGUUGCGCAGCCAACAUCAAUCGAUACCUUCUCGCAGAGUUCGCAGGGGACGUAUUACUCGCAAGGUCAAUCAUUGGCCUCCAGGGAAUUCGCUCUGCAUAUACCAGCUCAGCCAAAAGGUUCUUUGGGCCUAGAGCCCAGAACGACAUUGCCUCAGAUGACACCCGCUCCGACUUUAUAUAUUUUACCAGUCUAUAUAAGACCACCUACUAUGGUGAAACUGUGCACAUUGCGGAUUUUGCCGCUGCUGUUGAAAUGAGGGGUUAUAUAAAAAUACAAUUCGACAUCGAUUUCGAUGUUGAAGUCCUCAUCAUGACUCGGGCGAUCCUACUCAGCAUCUACAAGAAAUGCAUGCUCGGAGUUCUAUCUCUCGCAGAGGACAUCGACUACAUUUUCAAGAUCGGUCGGCUCCUGGACGUGGGAAAAAAUACGAUUCGGAUGCACGGAACUCAUUGCCUCGACUUGCGCCCGAUUAUUCGACUGAGCAGUGCGUCAGUUCUGGUAGAACUAGGCAUACCCGCAAACGACCAUCUCCUCGAUGCGGUGGAUUGGUGCAUGAUCGCGAUAGAUGAGCAUGGGAGCGAGGAGUUUUUAUACGACCUCCUGGUCGCGAUGGGCCUUGUCGAUGCGGAUACGUCUGGGUUCGCCGACCGAUUGGCACUAUGA